UCAUCCAUUAUUAUUGGCGACCUCCUAACCUAUGAUUAACGACCCCCAACUUGCAACAGCACUAAAAAAAUUUUUAUAUCCCCCUUCUCAAGAAAAUCCUAUAUACGCCCCUGAUAAGAAUCCACUGCUUUAUAAAAUAAUUUAAUAGUGUAGCCAUUAUAUCAGUUAGGAUUAAUACGUAUUAUAAUUAUUAUAUUAUGGUAAUCUUGAUUUGGUUAAAUAUUAUUAAAUAGUGUGUCGCAUAGAGUUAACUCUAUGGUAUAUCGUGACUCAUGGAUAAAGUAUAAAUGUUAAAUAUUUUUCUCUUAUCAAAUUAUUACAACCAAUCAUAGAGUAGGAUGUUAAUAUGGUUUAAUAAAUGUUUUUCUCCUCAACUUUCAAUUUAAGCGGUCUAUAAAAGAAGUAGUUGUGUGAAUUCUGAUAAUAAUAGUUGUUAAAUACUAAGCACUUAGUUGUAAUUGUAAGUAGAUACAAGUAUUGAUCAAAAACCUAACUAGUUAAUAUUUUAUUAUUGAACGAACAAAUCAAUAUGAAUAAAGCGGUUAAUUAUUCAGAAGAUCAAUUGGCAGAAAUGGAAGAAGCAUUUCAAUUAUUUGAUAAUCGAGGUGACAAUAAAAUUCACAUAUCACAUAUUGGUAAUGCUCUUCGUGCAUUAGGUCAAAAUCCAACUGAAUCUGAUGUUAAGAAGUUUGCCCAACAACAUAAAGCUGAUGAGCGUAUUCCAUUUGAAGUUUUUUUACCUAUUUAUCAAGCUAUAUCUAAAAUUCGUUCUUCCAAUACAGCUGAUGAUUUUAAUGAAGGGUUACGUCAUUUUGACAAAGAAGGAAAUGGAUUUAUAUCAUCUGCAGAACUACGUCAUUUACUUACUACACUUGGAGAAAAACUUACUGAUGAAGAAGUUGAACAGUUAUUAGCUGGACAAGAAGAUUCUUUAGGCAACAUUAAUUAUGAAGAAUUUGUACGUUCUGUAACUUCAGGUUGAAUGGUUUAAUAAUUUUAAAAUGUAUAUUCCUUGUUGGUUAACGGAA